GGCCGACGCUAGGGUUGGAGCAGUGCCUUUCUUCGAUUCUCCCCUGCUUCCUCUCCACCUCCGCCUCGCAGGUGCUGCUUUGAUCUGUCCCCGCCGCCGCGACAAUGACGAAGGGCAAGACGAGCCAGCUUGAGCGCGCCAAGAAGGACGGAAAGUCAAAGAAGCCAGGCGGCCGAUCUGCGUUGCCACCAUGGUGGAUCCAGGGAGAUUUUCUCCCAUCAACUGUCUGGAAGGAGGAUGUUCUAGAGCUUGUUGAACACGGGAUGGUGGCAGAGAAGUCAUGGAGGCUUCCUGAAGGAGCGCUCGAGCCAGAGCCCUAUGAAGGGGAACGAGUCCUCCUCCUUACUCACAUUGAGCGAGGUUUCUCUCUGCCCCUCAUCCUUUCAUCCGCGGUUUUCUGUAUUACUUUGAUGCGCAACUUCAUCAUCUUCCUCCCAAUUCCAUCGGUAUCUCUCCGCAUUCGUCACGCUGUGCGAAUGCUUUUUGGGUUGUCCUCCUCACUGGGUACUGUUUAAACACAUCUUCUGUGUGCGCUCUCAAGUAGUGAAGAAAGCAAAUCCGAGUUAUAGUAGGACUCAUGUCAUUCAGUUGUGCGGUGAUCUGGGGAUUCAAAAGAGGAGCAUGAGUACGUAUCCUCAGACGACCCUUCCUGAGUCAGUCCGGAACUGGCGGUCGACUUGGUUUUAUUGUAAUGAUAUUGCAUCUCCAAACAUGUCGGCUGGCCUUACCCCAUUCACCUUGGAGCGACCGACUGCUCCUAGGACGAUAAACAUGUUGGAUGAGGAGAAGACCCAGGUAGGGAUGUUGGUAAAUGAGGUGGUUAACUUGGUCCGUAGCGAAGUGACAGGGAUGGACUUGCUUGAAACGUUCCUUGGUCGGUGCAUUCAGCCUCUUCAGACGAGGGAUCAUGCCAUGUGACACUACUCGGGCCCUGAGGAUUCCACUCGGUCGCACCCGGAAGAGGUUUCUGAAGAAACUAUAGCCCAGUGGCUCAAAAGCAUCACUGGAGCCUGCGACAAUCCACUAGGAGCCAAGCGGGUCUUGCCUUACUCUGCUGAAAACAAACCACGGAACCUGGAGUGGACAAACAUGCAUUCACCCGUACCCAACGGGGCUCAACUUGACGUCGUUGGGGAAAGCAAAGGUGGCAGCGUUGACAGCGACUAUGCUGAAGACAACGAGGGGAGUGAAGAUGACUCGGAUGAGAGUGAGGAAGAAAACCAGUCUCCUCCGAACCCCGAGUCACGAUCCAAGCAUCCGCCAUGAUCCAGUGGCUACUCCAAGCAAUACCUUAGUGUCCAGCACUAGGAACGUGAAGCGCGACAGAGCCGUCGCAACUGGAUCUGCAGAAAAAGCCGCCAAACAACCCAAGCCCGACGCUCCUAAGCCUCGGAAGGCUCUGCCUCAAAUGAGGAUUGCCGUGCCAGUUGCUUCAACAGAUCCUACCUCGGUGACGUCGCCUGCUGGGGAUGAAGAAGAUCCCAUGGACUUGGAUGCUGUGGACAUGCCUGUCUCCCAGCAAGCUACAGACGUCAUCCUCUUGGAUGACGAUGAAGAAUUGUUGCGCUCAACUGCCGAAUUAACUAAGACCAUACCUGAAGCGCCGGUGUCGAGUGCUCCUCCAGCCGGUUCGACUGCUUUGACUACAACUCCUCCGACUGGUUCAAUUGUUGUGACAACAGUGCCUACUGCGCCUCCUCCUUCAGCGCUUGCAUAUUCUCUGCAACGUGUCCCGGAAGAUCAAACUGGAGCUGCUAAAGAAGCCAUGAUUCAGGCCGAACAUAUGAUGCAGCGGACCAGAGAGGCGUAUGAGGCUAGCAAGUUGGCAUACGAUGCCAGUUCGACGCUUCAAGCUAAUGUCCGAGUAAGUGCAAUUGUAAGUUCAUUUCCGUUUCGAUUGAAUCUUGUCCAUCUUGAUUUUGUUGGGGAUCGUAGUAAUUUAAAAAAAUUCUUACGCCAUGCAAAGAUCUAUCUAUGAAAAACCAGUAACGAGAGAGGUUGUAGAGCAUCUUCAUACCUUUGAAUCAAAGAUCGCUAAGCGAAAACGUUACUAUGUAGAGCAUCUUCAUACGUUAUGCAGGGAUCAACAUGGCAUGUAUUAGGGGCCUCGGCCUUUUUCAUCUAGGGUUUGUGUGAUCCUUUGUCUCUUGAAGCAAUUGAAUGCCGUGAAGCACUUUCUCUUGCUGGAGAUUUGGGCCUACAAAUUCUUUUCGAUGCUCCACACUACAAGAUGCUGGUAAAACAAUUUCAGAAAUCUAGGUGGUAGCUACGAAGGAGUGAUCAAGGAAACCAAAACUUUUUUUGUACGGUCAAGGAAAUCAAAACCUGAAAGAGAACCUUUAUUGGGCAGUACUGGCCACCGGCGCGCCGGCCCGAACGCUCGCGCCGGUCGCAGCCCAGUCGUCAGAUUCACAUGCCACAUCGUUAAAUUUCUCAUGCAGCAAAAAUCCCUCGAUGUAGCAAAUUUAUACCACGACACAAUAAAUUUCGUCCACGGUUGCAACAAAAAUACGAUUGUAGCAAAAAAAUAUCAACGUGGUCGUAGCAAAAAAAGGACGUUGAUGAUGCGUGAUAGCAAAACAAAAUGUGGGUUGUAGCAAAACAAUUCCGUGAACUUGGGUUGCAACUCUCACGAACGUGUAUGCAACUUUUUUAAUGAACGGUUGCAGCAAAAAAUGAUAUCGGUUGUAGUAAAAAUUAACACGGUUGUAACAAAAAUCAAACGCCGGUUGUAGCAAAAAAAUUCAACAAACUCGAGUUACAACCAAACGUAGACGUAACUUUUUUAAUGGACAAAUUAUAGCAAAAUGAGAAACGAUUGUAGCAGAUCUAAUCGUGGUUGCAGCGAAUCUGGACGAAAAAAUGUUGAAAGUCCUGACCAGCUAGCCGUGCGGGCUGCGUGACCGUCCGAACGAGCGUUUCCCUUAUGUUUAUGAGUCCAGGAACUUGAAUUUUAAACCUCAUAAUCUAGUUAGACAUGCUUUAUCUUUGAUAGGGGCCUCAUUUGUGGUUGGGUUGCUUCGUGAUCCUAAUGUAAUACUUGUAAUCAUACACGUAAAUCAAUAAAACCUAGCAGAUUAUUCUUAAAAAAUGUAUGGAGGCUGGCCGGACCCCAAACGAUCGUGUGUUUGAUGGUUGGACACGAAUAUGUGACGAAUGUUUGCUGGGCCAGAUGGCAAUUGCGAACGAUUUGCCUGACAUUUAUUUUUUGAAGGGAUGUCAAGUUUAGUUGUAGGGGGUGGCAGUUCUUUUCUAGAGAAGGCAUUUUUCUUAGAAAACUGUCAUCGCUUGAUCAUGAUUGAACAGCUGUGCGGGCGUUCGCUCGGACCCUCCCCAGCGAAUGUUCGGCACUUAGCAUUUGUGCACGUGUACGCGCCCGAGUUCAUCUUGUAACGCAAGCCACGCAUGCCUCAUACGUGCAUACGCUAGACAAGCCAACUAACCCUAGCAAACACAUCUGGACCUUCACCACACGUACGCCCUAUAUAUCCAGUUAUCUACAAGACAUCUCUCGUGUGCUUUCUUUUGACAGGGCCCGUGGAUCGGAGAGGAAUCGAGCUAGACACGCACACGGCCGCGCAUCCAUCAAGACCGGCCUCGAUGGCGAUGAUCAGGGCCAAGUGGUUCCUGACGGGCGUGCCGGUGGGGUUCUGGUGGGGGUGGAAGAAGAGCAGCGAGUGGGAGCUGGAGGCGAUGGUGGAGUCGGUGCUGCCGCGCCCAGUGGCGAGGCACGUCGUCGACUUCCUGCCCAAGGGCACCGCCGAAGCGCGCCACAAGGCGCGGCUGGAGGAGUCCAUCAGGGACAACGCCCGGAAACAGGAGGAGACCAUCCGGAAGCAGGACGAGGCCCUCAGGAGGAUGGAGGCCACCUCGCUGAGGCAGGAGCACACCAUCGGCCUGCUGCACGCCGUCAUCGCGCGCCUGCAGGAGGCCGACGACCAGCGUCUCGUGCAGAAGCAGGGCUCGCCGUCGCCCACGACCACGACGGCGCCGCCUUCACCGCCGAAGCAGUAGUGCGCGCAUGCGUACGUAAGUCCGUCACCCGUCUGCUCGCGUGAUACGUCUACGUGUUUCAGUGUUUGACGGUUCGAUCUAGUAGUUGAUCAGAGAAAACCUUCUGUUUGUUCUUUAAUCUGAAAUUUGAAGGGGUGGAAAAACUUGCUAGUACUAGUAUUUUAACAGUACAUGUGCUACACAUAUGAUUAUUCGGCUGACCGUGUGAUAACCAUUGGGUAUGAAA